AUGGCGCACUAUGAGCUACAACGAGCCUUGUGUCAACUGUCAUCAGCAUCACCACAAUCUUUUUCAACUGUGGUGGUCGAGAUACGCGACACAAGCACCGGCCAAAUCCUUGGAACCUUUGCUACCCAAUGUCUUAUUUCUAGCGUUUCAUGGUCUCAUGACAGUCAAUAUCUUGCAAUAGGAGACUCGGAACACUCCACGGUUCAGAUUUGGGAUACAUCAAUCAUCAUUUCUAAUGGACUCCAUGCGAAGCCUGAAGAUAACCUUAUUCCUAGUUCAGUGCAAUUCGUAUCCGAGGGCUCAUUAGCAUUGGCCAAAUCUUCUACGGGAUUUGGCCUAUGGCAUCCUGUUGAUGGGUCUAUCCGACAUAUGCCAAAUCCUAUCAAGCAGGCAAAAUUCUCACCUGAUCGGAAGUUUGUGCUGGUGGAGUUGGCUGGAGGAUAUUCGCAGCCCAGUGGCAAGUUCCAAUUGUUGGACAAAUCUAUGAAUGUCAAAUGGACGUUCGAUGAUAUGGCUGAUGUCGUAGUCAUUACCGACUACAGCCGGAUAGCAUCUUUAUCUCGCCUUGGCGAAAUUGCUGUGUUCGAUUACAACAACGCUAGCCCCUUAUGCCUAGUAACGGAGUUAACAGUUGAAGGAACGUCUAAGUUCUUGCUAUCGCCAAAUGGCCAGAUGGCAUUCCUAUCUCGCCCCUCCUCUCCUGUUAUGGAGCUGUGGAAUAUUGAACAAGGGGAAAGGAAAGGGAUUUCGUACCACGAGUUCGAUGAGGUUGCCAAAUUUUCUCCCAACAGCGAAUAUGUUAGUAUCAUCUCAAGUGAAUCGGAGUUUGCUCAUUCUAAAACCAUAGAGCUGUAUCAUGUGCCAACGACAAGGAUCAUUCGCAAGGCAUUGGAUAUUUAUUGGAAUGGAUUGCAGUUCCAACCUGCAGGAAAUGUUGUUGCGCUUUUUUUACGUCACGGGAUUGUUCAAUUACGCGACCUACAGACCUGGAAAAAAACGCUCGAGUUCCAAAUAUCUGGUUCCGUCGGGAGCAUAGAAAGUCUCGUUUUAUCCAGUACAGGCAAACUUGCAGUCAUGACAUCCGAAUGGCAAAGCCUCAGCACAAUUCACGUGUGGGACACAUCGACUGGAAUGAAGCUAGGCCAAUGCAGUAUUGACUACGCUGGACCUUGGUAUCCCAUUUCAUUCUCUUACAAUUUGAAGUAUCUCGAAACUCCGAAAGGACGUCUUCCAUUACCAACUGUAAAUAACAACAGCGGAGGAGAGUUGAAAUCAGAUCUUCCCAGAUGCUUUUAUGUUGGCAAAGAAUGGGUUAUGCAAGGAUUUGAUCGUCUGCUAUGGCUUCCUGCAGCGUAUCAGGUAACAAAUUCCAGACAUCAAACUUUUGACUUGAGGAAUGGGACACUUGCAAUUGGACACAGGGGAAAUACUGUCAAAUUUAUCAAAUUUGCCCUUGACGAGUCUCCCAUAGCUAAGAAGUACAGUUCUCAUUCAAAUUAG